AUGCAUUUGGGUUUCAACCUUUCCUAUUCCGUGGUAUAUAUCCGAAUUUUCUAUAUUAAGAANCACAACUUAGCCGCUCCUGCACUACAUAGCUCAGGUUUUGCGGGCUCUUGCUCCCGUAUAUGGCAACGAAAUUCCUAUUGGGACGCAAGUCCUCCUACUCGAAGCAACGAGUAUCCUCUCUUCAUACCCCGCCGAAAUUAUUGCUCAACCAGCGUUGAAAACUCAUGGACAGAUAAAAACUCCAGCAACUUUGGUGUAGCUUCCAUGGAAUCCGAAAGAAAAGAAUCCCGUCUGGACUCUACUGGAAACAGCAGCUUUAAGUACUCCGCUGCUUCUCCUCAUUCGAUUGAGUCACACAGAGAUCUGCAGAAAGGGAUAGCUCUUCUCAAGAAAAGUGUUGCGUGCUUGACAGCGUAUUGUUACAGUUCACUUUUCCUCGAAGUACCUCCCGAGGCCUCGACUUUUGAAGCAUUCGCCAAGUUAUUGGCCACACUUUCGUCAUCAAAGGAGGUUCGGUCUGUUUUCUCCCUGAAAAUGGCUUCUUCAAGAUCAUGCAAGCAGGCUCAACAACUCAACAAAUCCAUUUGGAACGCUAACUCUGUCAUCUCAAGCUCCUUACUUGAAAGUGCCCAUCUUCCGAGGAAUGCAAGUUAUAACCAGGAUCCAAAUUCAGGAGCCAGUUAUCUCUCUGCAACGGCAUCAUCAACCCGGAAGAACAACGAUAUGAAUGGAUGGGCUUUGGUGGAGCAUCCUAAGUACCCGCCACCACCUUCACAGUCCGAGGAUGUUGAACACUGGACUCGUGCUAUGUUUAUCGAUGCUAAGAAGAAAUGAAGGGUGGAUUCUUGCUUGUUGAGUGAAGCGAAUACUUUUGUAUAUAUGUCUUACAAUGUACAGAAACACAAAUCAUCGGUAGAUUCUCUAUUUCGUCUUGCGUUUAAGAACUGAACAAGACCAGACGAAUCUUACUAUUUUGGUGUAAGUUUCACUAUUUCAAUUUCUAAAUUGAGCUUAUUAAAAACAA